UGUAUCCUCCUUGUCGCCGCUGCUCGUCGACCGUGACGCGUUCACGGAACCCGCAGUCGUGGUGACAAAGCCCAUGAAGAAGGACAAUUAGCUUGACGAAAUAUUUUUUUACUCCGAUAACAUCAUCGCUGGUUGAUAUUUCAAAAUUUAUUGACCUGAGUGAAAGUUUGUGAGUGAGGUAAGUGGCAGGGUGUCGAAAGGAUCACAGGGGAUAUUGGUAUAUACAUAUCUGUAUUUAUAUCUGUAUAUAUUUACAUAAUAACAAAGGAGGAAGUGUGAUCGAUGAGAAGCGCGGUCGUGAAUUCGGUUCACGAGUAUGUAAUAUGAUAAGACGUGACACGACGGGCCUGAGUGUCCGGGUUCGGUUGAAGAGAUGUUGGAGUGGUUGGCGCAAUCUGGAGGCACUCGGUUGAUCUGUCUUAUCAUUGUCUCAUGGGUUCUCCUGGGACACCAGGUCCAAGGGGGCCCCGACCCCCCGGAGUUUACUACUCGCGAAGAUGUAUCGAGUCGUGGGUUUAAAAAAUUUGGAGAUGAGUGCAAAGAAGAUCGUGAGUGCGGAUUCGAUGGGUCGUUUUGCGAUCCGAAAAGUAAAAAAUGCUACUGCAGAGAAGAAUUUCUCGUUACAAAUCAUAUUGACAAGUGUGGACAUCCCGCCAACGUGAACGAGUCGUGCUUUUUUACCGAACAAUGCGAGGAAAAGGUAUCGCAGACCGAAUGCCGGGACGGACGAUGCAUCUGCAUAUUCGAGAAAAUUCCAGUUAUGCAGCCCGGCGGAGUUUUCGAGUGUAUUGCCGAGGUGAAGGAAGAGGAAAAUUUGCGGUACGUCGACCCAGCGAUGAUCGGGAUUCUCGUGGCGAUGGCUCUCAUGUUCAUAAUAAUCUGCGUGGUGCUGAGGCUCUUCAGCAAAGCGCGCUGGCGUGAAAACCGUACGAUAUUCAACACUCCAAAUGCUCGUCUGAUGAACGUCUCGCUGCUUCGUGACAACAACAAGCUACUUCACGCUCAGGAGAGACGGGGCUCGAGAGCGAGUCAACGAGGACCCUCGAGGCAACCUUCUAUGGCAUCUCUGAGGGCCCACUCACCCAAUGGCUCGCAGCAAGGUGCGAAAAACACACAGCGAGUGAACCGAUCACGCCGGGGAAGUCGGGGUAGCAGUGGGAACGCGUCCUCAAUAUCAUCGGCAAUAAGGGUCAACAAAUCACCGCCUCAUCAACCCAACACCCUCAAUGAUCCGGUCAUCGAGUGCGUCACCGUCGAGAUCACCGAGGCCAAAGCGUAGAGGAAUCCUCAUCUUGCCAGCAGACCCUCAUCUGAAAGCAUUCAUCGUGCUCUUUUUACUUAAAUUAUAGGCUACAGUACGUUGUUUUAUAUUUUUAGCUUUAAAUCGUGUGUUAGAUCUCACGCUACUGCCCUUUAACUUUAUUGUCCAACCAACCAAUUAAAUUUCUUUUUAAAAAAUAAUAAUAAUUACACUUUUUUAAAUUAAAAGGGCAAACUCACUGUAGCUGUUAAUUAUUAUUUAAUACUUUGAUAUAAUAUGACGAAAGUUUUUUUGUGCCGUCUCUUUAUAAGCUAAUGAAACCAAGUAUUAUAUAUAAUAUAUAUUAAUAUUACUAGAUAUUAUCAAGUACAGCGCUUUAGAUUUAUUCGCAAUCUCUCACGUUGGAUGAGUUAUUUAAAGUAUUAACGACAAUCGGGUCUAGAUAAUAACUUAGAUGCGCAUAAUUUAAAUUAUUCUGUGUCUAAGGAUUGCAAUGAGAUGUUAACUAAGAAACAGGACGCACGAACGGGGACCAUACGAUUUAAAUUUGAAUAAAAACAACAACAGCAACAUCAAUAAUAUACACAUGUAAUUAAAUAAUUACUCUCCGCAACACGUGAUUCUUUACUGACGUUAUUAUUAUUAAUGUAUUUAACUAUUUGAUAUUAACUCGUUUCUAUGUCCAGUAUAAAAUGGCACUUAUCAAAUUUUAUUAUCUAAUACGGUGACAGAAAAUUUAGUCUUGUGUCAAACGCGAUAGCUAUAAAAAUAAAAAUAAUAAUUAUUAUUAAAAAUUUAAUAGAGUAAUGACGCAAAGAAAUAAUUAAGACACGAAAUGUAGGUAAAAAAAAGUGUAGUGAUAACUUUUGAUCUUUAUACACUUGGGAAAAAUCUAGUGAGAAUUUAACAAAAAAAUAUAUAAUAUAACUAUGAUCAUUAUGACUAUUAAUUAAUAACGAUAAAUAAUAAUAUAAAUAUUUACAAUGCACGUUAAUAAAUUUACACAUAAGAUUUCUAAUAGAUUCCUUUUUUCUAUAAACUAUAUACCUGAUCUAUGGAGUUAGCUAUUAACUUAUAUACAUACAUUAUAUAUUUAAUAUUUGCAUUGAUAGCUAUUAAGCAAGUUUGGUCCAAAGAAUAAUAACAAGUAAAGAAAAUGAUGAAAUGAUGAAUAGAUAAGAGAUUUAUCUCGUUGAAUACUUUGCAAUUUAGUGCCUACGCUGUUGCGCAAAUAUCAUUACGAAUAAAUAUUUAAAAAAAACAAUUUAUUAAGACCAUCAAACAACAUGUCUAUCAAAUAAUAAAUAAACUUAAAUAAUAAUAAUAAUAAUAAUUAACAUAAAUAAUAGAUGGAGAAUAAAAGUUGUCACGGAGCUGACGAUUUUUGUUACUUAUUAUCUCGGUUUAAAUGUGUCGAUUAGGCUUAGCAAUUCAAAAAUGCCUAGCGACUGUGCUAUACUCUGUGAUUGUAUGACGCUAUCAUUAAAUAACUAUUUUAAAAUAUUAAUAGUUACUUUAAUAAAUAUUUCUAUCUUACGGACGAGUCUUUCUUUUGAACUCGAAUAAGCGCACGAUUAGAAUUAAAUGGACAAAUAAAACCUUGAAGUAAACAAAAUAAUUAUUAUUACAUACAAGUUAAUGUAUAAGAUAAUCAGAGUUAAUGACGAGUUACAAUAGAUCGAUGAAACAUAAAAAAAAAAAAAUAAAUAAAA